CCAAAUUGUCAUUUCGUUGCUUAUCCUUUUGGUUUGCAAAUGGUUUGUUUUCAUUCUCACCCACUCCAGACGCCAAUCCAAUGGAGGGUCUUGUGCAAGUUCUCCUAACCCCUACCACUCAGUUUCCGCCACUGUUCUACUCACCACCCAAUGCCGUUGUAUCUUCCAAAUUACUGCUGUACCACAGACCGCCACGGCUCGCUCUCAACCGCCGACGCCACCGCACCUGCUCUAGUUCGCCUUCCCAAUUUUUAUCCACAAAUGCGCCAUACCUUUCUCGUUUCUCGUCUUCUCUUUUAUUUGGGGCACUGGGGAGCCAAUCGAGUUUUGAAGUAAGUGCAGAAACAAGCGAAUGGGCGGCACAAGAUUUUUAUGCCUUAAGGAAAGAUGUAGAAACAACUUCAAAACGUGUUGAAGAGAUUAGGGCCUCUGCUUGCCUGCAUCAACUAGAAGAAGAUCUUGUGGUUUUGGAGAAAAGGACAGCAGAUAACUCCUUUUGGGAUGAUCGCAUCAAAGCUCAGGAAAUCCUUCUGGCUCUGACUGAAGUCAAAGACAAAAUAAAUCUACUCAAUGAGUUCAAAACCCAAGUUGAAGAUGCUGAAACGAUAAUUAACCUCACUGAGGAGAUGGACUCCAUAGAUACUGGGCUCCUUGAAGAAGCUUCCAGUAUUAUUCAAGAACUGACCAAGAGAUUGGAUCAAUUUGAGUUGACUCAACUACUUUCUGGUCCCUAUGACAAAGAAGGUGCUGUUAUCUCUAUCAGUGCUGGUGCUGGGGGUACUGACGCACAAGAUUGGGCUGACAUGCUUCUCCGGAUGUAUGUGAGAUGGGGAGAAAAGCAGCGAUACAAGAUACGUGUGGUUGAGAAGUCCAUGGGAGAGGAAGCUGGAAUUAAGUCAGCCACAAUUGAACUUGAAGGACGCUAUGCUUAUGGGUACUUGUCUGGUGAGAAAGGAACACAUCGCAUUGUGCGACAGUCCCCUUUCAAUGCAAAAGGUCUUCGCCAGACAAGUUUUUCUGGUGUUGAAGUUAUGCCUCUUCUCCUUGAAGAGUCGUUGGAUGUUGAAAUACCAGAGGAAGACCUUGACAUUAGUUUUUCAAGGGCAGGUGGAAAAGGAGGUCAGAAUGUCAACAAGGUCGAGACUGCUGUCCGCAUUACUCACAUUCCCACCGGUGUCGCUGUUCGUUGCACAGAAGAGAGAUCCCAAUCAGCAAACAAGAUCAAGGCUCUAAGUCGGCUGAAAGCCAAAUUGUUGGUUAUAGCUGAAGAGCAAAGGGCAUCUGAAAUCAAGCAAAUAAGGGGGGAUGCAGUGAAGGCAGAGUGGGGCCAACAAAUACGAAAUUAUGUAUUCCAUCCUUACAAACUUGUCAAGGAUGUACGAACAGGAGUUGAGACAUCAGACGUUGCAUCUGUAAUGGAUGGUGAAUUGGAUUCAUUCAUCAAAGCCUACCUCAAAUACAAGUACAGUAUUACAGUGUCUGCGGGAACGGUAAAAUAACAUUAAUGGAUUUACUUUUCAGGUACUGUAAAUCAUUGUAUAUUUGUGAAAGCUCCAUCUUAUUAGAUCGAAAGUAAGUUUGGAAUUCAA